CACCACCAAUAAUACCACACCACUAGCACCACACCACUAGCACCACACCACUAGCACCACACCACCACCAUGAUUGACUGGGUAAGCAUCGUGCGUCACUCCCGGCGUAGAUUCAGCAACUACAUGUACGCCGGGCCCUCCAGGGUGCGUCGGAGGAGAAAGAAACCUAUCCUACCUGCCCACGCUGCCGCCGCCUCCUCCUCCCUCGCCGCAGAGGUUAAAGGAGACAGGAAGAACGAGGAGGAGGAGGAGGAGGAAGAGGAAGGCAGACAAGGAGGACUAGUGGGCUUGUUUUAUCCCUGUGAUCUCUGUGGUUGUCUGCCUAAGAAAUACAAGUCUCGUUACGAUGACAGUGUCCCACCUGUCAGCGCCUCCCAGAUGAUUGACAUGUCCUCUCUAGACGGUGUCCCACGCAACGCUCACAACCACGACGUGUCCAAGGUAAGUGUGAAUGUCCCAUGUCCAGAAUCACGACUCUCUGUAAGGGCUACCAAUGGCCCCCAGACUACCAAUGGCCCCAGUCUACCAAUGGCUCCAGGCUACCAAUGGCCCCAGGCUACCAAUGGCCCCAGUCUACCAAUGGCCCCAGGCUACCAAUGGCCCCAGGCUACCAAUGGCCCCAGGCUACCAAUGGCCCCAGGCUACCAAUGGCCCCAGGCUGCCAAUGACUGA